CGAAAGCUGCAGCCGCACCACUCCAUCAACAGCCAGAGCAGCAAGAAGAGCAAGGGCAGCUCCAAGUCGGCCUCUUCCCACAUCCCUAUUGAGGCCCAAGAAGAUUGCUGCGUCCACUGCAUCCUCUCCUGCCUCUUCUGCGAGUUCCUGACCCUCUGCAACAUCGUUCUGGACUGUGCCACCUGCGGCUCCUGCACCUCCGAGGACUCCUGCAUCUGCUGCUGCUGCUGCAACUCGGGCGAGUGCGCGGACUGCGACCUGCCCUGCGACAUGGACUGCGGCAUCAUCGACGCCUGCUGCGAGUCCGCCGACUGCCUGGAGAUCUGCAUGGAGUGCUGCGGGCUCUGCUUCUCCUCCUGA